AAGUAUGGCGAUUAAUAGGUCCGUGGUGGUGUACGAGAACGAUGGCGGCGCGCUCUAUAAUUACGUCAACAGCUACCUCUCCUCUCUCGCAGUCAAUCCGGAGCAGCCGGCGCUCUUCAGGGCGAGCUUGAUCGACGACAACACGCCCCUCAUCUUGGGGCUCCAGCCGGGCUUUCCCGUGCGUGACAAGUUCCAGGGCCUGGAUUUCGAGUGGAGCGCGGGCGUGGCCACUGAUGAAUCGCCCUAUGUCAUGGCGGCGUUCCCGCCGCACUGCUCCAACGACGUGAUCCAGGCCUACUUUUCUCACAUCACCGCCGCCUCCAAGCGCCGCCGCCUUUUCACCGUGAGGCCACCUGGUAUGCACGAGAUGAGCUGGGCGAGCUGCGAAUUCGAUCAUCCCGCGAGCUUGGAGACGCUGGAUAGCUCCAUGGAUGCCGAGCUCAAGGAGGAGCUGGUCAAGGAUCUGGAGGCGUUUGUGGGAGCUCAGGACUACUACAAGAGGAUUGGGAAGGCGUGGAAGAGGAGCUACCUCGUCCAUGGCCGCCAGGCGAGUGGGAAAGAGCAGCUCGUUGCCGCCAUAGCCAACAAGCUCGGCUACGAUGUUUAUGAUCUCGACACUGGGUUGGUGGCGACCAAGGCGCAACUCAAGGAGAUCUUGAUGAAAACUGGGAGGAGGGCAGUGAUCUGUGUGCAUGGGAUCGAUAACCAGUCGGUCAUCAAGGUGAAGAUGGCGGAUGUUUUGGACGCGAGCGAUGGACUGUGGGCUCCGGACGAGAGGAUCUUCGUGUUCGUGUCGGACGAAGCCAAGCCGGACACCGUCUUCCCGGGCUGCCAGGGCCGGAUCGAUUUCUACGUGGCCAUGGACACCAGCGGCUUCCAGAUGCUCAAGUCGACAGUGAAGCUCCACUUGGGCGUGGAGGAUCACAGGCUCCUGGGCGAGAUCAAGGGGCUGAUGAUGGAUCGGAAGGAGGAGGUCGACGUCGGCGAGCUCCUGGCGCUGGUGCUGGGGACGAGCAGCGGCUCCUAUCCGGAAGAUGUGCUUGAAAUGGUGGCGGAGCAUCUCAAGAGCAAGAAAACGAAAACGUCGCCGGCCUCUCCAUCGCCCUUCGCAGCAGCAGCAGCACCACCGUCACAAUCGCCCUUCGCACUAGCACAAUCGCCCUUCGCGCCAGCACCAAUAUUCUUCGCACCAGCACCAACACCACCGCCACAAUCGCCCUUCGCGCCAGCACCAAUAUUCUUCGCACCAGCACCAACACCACCGCCACAAUCGCCCUUCUUCGAACCAGCGGCACCUUUCGAGCACACAUUCAGUCCGUGUAUUGGCGGAGCUCAAGCGCCGUCCUGGGCCUUCUUCACACCAUCGUGUCCUUUCGAGGAGGUAUCGACUCAAGCUCCAGCAAAGAACACGUCCUCCGGAGGCUCGUUUCCAGCGAGGGCGGCGUCGUCGACGCCCAGUGCUGCACUUGGGACGGCGGCGGCGAUUUUUGGCGGAGGAGGAGCUCCAGCAAGCGCGCCCAGUGCUGCAUUUGGGGCGGCGGCAUCGGCGGCGUCCGUGUCCCCGGAGGAGGCGCGAGCGAAGUUUUACCGCUGCUACAACGUGGACAAGCAUUACGGCGUGACCAUGGACAACUUGGACGCAAGCUCCCCAUUCUGCAAAUCGAAACCCAGUGCAGAAAAGAAAACUCUCUCCGCUUAG